AUGUCGCUAACCGCAUCAAACCCCCUGUUGCUUCUAGGCUUCGGCCUCCUAGGCCACGCAUCGCCAUCGGUCGAGGUACAGGGCAAACAUUGCACAGUAAAGCCUCUCGGUCACGGCCAAGACGACGUCCCCAACAUUCUCAACGCAGUGGAAGAGUGCGGCCAAACGCCAGGAGGAAGGAUUUCUCUUCCGGCGCCCUACACGUAUCGCAUCAACCAGCGAAUGACGACGCAUCUUGAGCACUCCACCCUCGAAUUAGGCGGGACGUUACUCUUCAGCGACGACAUUACAUACUGGGUAGAUAAUUCCUACCGGAUCGACUUCCAAAAUCAGUCAACAGCCUGGCGGGUAACCGGCCAUGACUAUGUGAUUGACGGAGGUCCGGAGAGAGGUGGAAUCGACGGAAAUGGUCAGAUGUGGUACACUUGGGCGAAAGGAGGGAGCAAUGUGUUCGGUCGACCUAUGCCAUUGCAUGUGUUGAAUUCGACCAGGGCGGUCCUUCGCAAUCUCGCCAUUCGACAGCCGCAGUUUUGGGCUGUGUUGGUUGAUUCCUCGUCGCAUGUUGAGCUGGAUAAUUUCUAUGUCAAUGCGACUAAUUCAGAUCCUAAUGCCACCAAGGAUACGGUUUGGAUUCAGAAUACGGAUGGGAUUGAUAUGUACAGAUCUGAUCAUGUUACAAUCACGAACUGGGUGUAUGAAAGUGGUGAUGAUGCGGUGGCAUUCAAACCGAAUUCGACUAACAUUCACGUUGAGAAUGUGACGGUAUAUGGAGGACCUGGGAUUGCGUUCGGAUCGUUGGGACAGUAUCCCGACAGGUAUGAUAUUGUCGAGAAUAUAACUGUGAAGAAUGUCGAUAAUAUAUGCAUUGGUCAACUAAUAAUAUCCAGGAUCGGUGUCAACUUCGGUGUCCCUCCGAACGGAGGUGGAAACGGCCAUGGCUAUGUACGCAAUGUGACUGUCGAGGAUAUCACAUUCAAGGAUGUACAGCUACCGAUAUACAUAGAUACAUGCUUGAGCUACCUAUUCGACCAAAAUGUUACCCAAUACUGCGAUACGUCCACGUUUCGAUUCGAUGAUCUCCACUUUAAGAAUAUCAGCGGCAAUGGGCUUGCUACUCCCACUGACUACACGGGCAAGAAUAUUACAUUCGCAGUAUCCAUGAUCUGUUCCAAGGAGGCGCCAUGUACCAAUAUCACUUUCGAAGAUAUGGAUAUCAAACUGCCUGAGUCGUAUAGCGGAAAGAGUGUUCUAUGUGAGAACGCUGAUGUGCAAGGCCUUAAAUGUAACUCAUAA